AUGAAAUCAGCAGUCUCGAGAAGCGCCAUGACUUCAAGGAGGCUGCCAGCAUGGAUUUCGAUUACGCUCUUGAGGUGUACCAGCGGACUUCUCAACAUCACUUUCAUCAACGAUCUCGAUGUGGACUGCAGCUUGUUUUGGCACGGCACGAAUGCGGGCCCACGCAAGGACUUCGGACCGGUUCCUCGUGGGGGCGGCCGGAAGGUCUUGGAGGUUGCAGAAGGUCACCUCUUCACGUUCGCCCGUGCCGGCACACUGCUUCCUUUGCUUCGGAUUACGAUUGACCCGGAAUCUCGGAGCUACGUCAUCAACCAAGAAAAUGCGGCUCCACCGGCUGCUUGCGCCGCUUCCACUGCUGAUGCCACUCCCGGCUCGCUACGCUGCUCAGCGGCCAAAGCCUGCGACGAGUGCGUGCAACUACCGGGCUGCGGCUGGAGCACGGUGCGUCACGGGUGUGUCGCAGCUCACGCCGUAGCAACGACCCGGACCUGUUUGGAGAGAGUGGAAGAGGAGGAAAGGUCUGCGGAGCAAUGGCUGCAGUUGGCAGAGGCCUUGAUGGAUCCCGAGACCUCGGAGUUUGAAGGCCUGGCAUCCCUAAGAGCCGCUUUCGAAGCUCUCGAGAACGGGAGACGGGUGGCAGAAAGCGCAGACAGCGAAGGAAGCAAUGGCACCUUGAAGUCGAUCUUGCGCUGGCAAGCAGAAGUGAGGCCCAAGCUGGAAGCUGUUCUGGACGAUCUGGAUGCCGAAAAGCUGAUUGCGACCUCUCGGCAUGCAUCCCUCGCGUCCCUGAAGCCUCGCAUGGUCGCACGGCGGAAGUUGGCCGAUGCCAUGGACUUCAUCUCUCGUGCAGAGCCGGUGGUCAUCACGGAUCUCUUCGACGGCAACUUGAGCCACCCUGUAGUGCAGAAGUGGACGCUGGAAUACCUCCGCCGGUUCAUGCAUGGAGGUUUUUACAACGUAGCUGCAGAUGCAGCGAGGGCUUGUUGUCAAUACUAUGAGCCGCGCCGCAUUGCAGCCGAGGCAGGAUAUCCGUACCCAUUCCGGCCCAGGACGCACCUCUAUCGGGAUCAUUUCGAGGGCUUCGUGGGAACUCUGCGAGAGUCUCCUUCAGAGACAGAGCCGCGAUUGCACUACCUGCACGAUAUCCUGAUGGAACGAGACGCUGCUCCUGUAGUCGCCGGCGAAGCGGCGACACCGCAGAUCGCCGCAGAUCUAGAAGAAAUGGUCACAGCUUUGAAACCGCUGGCAAGAAUGCAGCCUUUCUUCGGAGGGGUUGCCAAUGCCAAGUUGUGGAUUGGCCAAAAGGGCGUGACCAUGCCUUUGCACUAUGACUCCACGGACAACCUGUACGUCAUGGCUUGGGGCAGGAAGAGAGCGAUUCUUGCAGACCCUGGACAAUACGAGGCCUUGUAUCCUUAUCCCAAUGCACAUCCCCUCGCCGGAAGCUCGCAAGUCAACCUGAGCAACCCAGAUCUGGCGCGGCACCCUGGUUUCGUUGAUGUCCUUCUGACAGAGACAGUGGUGGGGCCUGGCGACGUCUUGUACUUGCCCGGAUACUGGUGGCAUCAGUUUGAACAGCCUUUUGAGGACACGGCCUCCGUAAAUCUUUGGUCCUACGAGCUCAGCGCCGCGCCGCCGGCCAGCAUGCGCGAUGCACGAUUGCGUGGCAGUGCGCUGCACGACCACAUGGAGAGGGAGAUGGUGAAGGCCUUCAAGAGCAAGGCGGGCGUGGUGUUGUCAGCAAUGGCUUCAGGAAGUGGAACUCACAAGAAAGCAUGGGUGCGAGCAAAUCGCACGCUUCACGAAGCAGCCCAGGAGUGGAGAAGGUGGAUGGCGAGUCUGCCAAAUGUUGCAGACACCGCAGAGCCCUCCGAACUUGUCAAGGACUUCCUUCAGAGGUAUCGUGGCAUCCUUGCGCAGCGCUGGCCCGAUUGGGCCCCAGGGGUCGAGUGGAACCUCUCCGAAAUGACUGCCCUGGAGGCACGUCUGGAGGCCCGCUGUGAGCCUGCACCAAAAACUGCGACCUACGCCAGCGUGUGCAGAUGGCCACAAUCGCGAUAG